ACAAAGUAUAUUUACAACUGUAGUCUUCACAGCACAGCACACUUAAAAUAAUUUCACAUUAAUUGCCUUCGAACUUCAAACUUAAUACUAAGGCACGACACGAUGUGGCUCCCAUUACUGCUACAAGCAGUCUCAUUCUUCUCGAGUCCGGUACUCAGUCACGAUGACCACCACUUCCACCCAAGAUCGCAGCAAACCGUCGUCAGCGAUCCGACACUCUCAAUCAAUGGCAUUCCCUUCAGCACCAGAGCGUACUGGAUGCGCCAAGCCAACCUCGCCCUCGGCAAGCCAUGUCCCUUCGCCGCGUUCGGCACCGUGAUCGUGAACCACACCGGCAGUUCGGAGCUCGGUGAGCUAGUCUGCACAGGCGCCAACAGCGGAAGCACGACCGGCAACCCGACGCUUCACGGAGAGAUGUCAGCCAUCGCCAACUGCACACGCAUCCUCACCGACCCCUCGGGGCCGUACAAGCUCUCCCCCAGCGAAGCGAGCGCCGCCUUCCCGCGCCUUUCGCUGUACACGAACGCGGAGAGCUGCCCGAUGUGCGCGUCGGCGAUCCGCUGGGCCGGGUUCCGCGAGUACGUGUACGGGACGACGAUCGACGCGCUCGUCGCCAAGGGCUGGGGCCAGAUCCGGAUCCCGUCCGUCGAGGUCCUCCGGCAGUCCUUCGACCUGCCGAACCCGAGCCGGCUCGUCGCCGGCGUGCUGACGAACGAGACGGACCCGUUCUUCUUCUGGCAGUACGAUCCCGCGUACCCUUGUCCGAAGGGGUGCGCGCGGGUGGGGGGAACUUGCCAGGCUGCUUAGGAAGCUUCCUACCUGGUAAUAGGACGUCUUGCGACGAUGUGGAUAGAAUAGAUAAAAAAAUGAAUUGCAUAUUCCGAACCCAAGAGAGUCAUAUAGCCGUGAUAUCCCCAACCCCCUUAACCUCAGGAUCCCUCCCGGGCUCGCUUCUCACCUCCUCCCCCAUCAUCUUCUCAUCCUGCCCUGUCCCGCUCUCCACAUCCGCGUCAACCGCCCUCACAACCGGCGCAUCUCCGGGCACCACGUGCGGAAUCAACGUCGU